UACAUUACCCCCGCGAGUUCGAACUAGCGGGGUAGUGUAGACAUACCCCCAGUGAUAUGAGUACACUUAGGAAUAUUUGAGAGAAGUCUUGGGGGAUACAGCAACACAACAAAAAUUUGGAGAAAAUUGAGCUUUUAUUUUAAGUUUUAAAGCGCUUUAUUGUUUUUGUACUUCUUACACCCAAAAACUUCAUCACCUGCCCUGCUACAAUUAAGUUAUGUGUUGCAAUGGUACUAAAAAAAUUGUGUCUGUAACCUGUAGGUGCUGGGGGUACUUAUAUGUAUGUUGGAAAAAGGUGUACUUUAUUUAAAAAAAGGGUUGAGAAGGGAUUGGAUCACGGGAGCUGCAGACCAGUCUAUGGGACUGGUGUCAAAGUCAGACACAGGACUCACCGAUUUGUUAGACCGCUGUGUUUAUUAGUAAAGCGGCUCUGCUAAUGCACCCAGAAAAUGUGAGUCCCAUACAAGGCUCAAAACCCCGUGAUUUAUACCGACAAAAGAAAGCGAAAUUAACAAGAUUAUAAAAGGUGGCAAAAGUUCACAUGAUUCCUAUGAGACUAGUCACGUAUCUUCAUUUCCAUAUCAACCCUCAGCAGUCUCCUGUCCAUAUCUCGCUGGUUAUCUCGAUUAUUUUCUAACACCUAAUGUUCCUUUUCCUGUUCUCCCGGACGCACCUGGCUCCACUCUGAUCCAUCCUGCAUACCAACAAACAACAUUCACAUAAUCUUCUCUUUCCUCUUUAGAGACAAACAGUAUUCCUUCGACUUAUUCUAUUAUUACAGUAUAAUUCCUCUUUCUCUUCCAAUAUAAUUCUUUCUGCUUUCACACUGGAGAAGAGGGGGUUACAAGCUGUUACUGACUGGCUGAGAAGCGGUAGUAAUCUGUCAUUUGCCUUAUAGGCCUACAAUGGAAUCGGGGCCCUGCACAACACCUGGCAAGGGACAGUCCCUGCCCUGAGCAGGUCACAGUCUAGUUAGACAAAUGGUGGGAAGGGAAAGUGAGGCAGCAAGUUCCCUCGUGGUCACCAAGCACGUCAGAGUAUAACCCUGAACCCUGCUCUCUCCAGACUCGGUCCAAGGCUACACUAACCACUAGGCUGCAUUCCUCCCUCCCCUCAGCAUUACUGAUCAGUGAUGCUGUGUGGCCCUAUAGGAGGGAAAGAUGCUUUGUGGCCCCAGACCCAAUAGGGAGAGGGGAUUUCCCCCAGAGAUGCUGAACUCCUGGGCUGCUCCAUGAGGGGUUAAACUCAGAUGCUGCAGCCAGCACUAGAGGAGGUUGCUGGCCUGGAUGCUGUGUGUGGCUUUGAGUACCUUGAGUCCACACAGCACCGCUCCAGGUAGCGCAGGGCCAUGCCAGGCACCACUGGGAUUCGACUGGGUUGUAGCCAGAGUUCAAACUGGUUAACUGACGAGCUAAUGCUUAUUGGUGCCAGUUACCACUUAAACUCCUCACUGCCGUCGGCAGUGUCCGCUUGCUCCCGGCAGCUAACAUCAGUCUGCAGCUGCUGGGAGUCCCCACCUGCCGGCAGUCCUUGUGGCCACUCCUGAGAGAUCCCUGUCCCCAGGAGAGCCCAUGUCCAUUACCGAUCUUGCCUGUCAGCAGGUUAAAAAAUACUGUCACUGAGAAAAUUGUAACUGUUACAUAAUUACUACUUGUAACCCUUUUACCUCCCACAUCCCCACUUGAAUCAUUCUUUACGAAGGGGCCACCACCGAUCCGUCCCCCACCCAUCUGCAGCCUCCUCCUGUCUCUUUUGCAAUGGACAAAGCCGCAUCCAGGGCUGAGUCCCUGUCAGACAGGGACAGAGCUUCACAAAAUGGACUGUGCAGCUUCAAGGCGGACAAACGGGCUCCCGACAUCUCAUGGGCUUUGCCCUGGUGUUUUUCUGUUUCUUUAGGGAAAACGUUUGAAGACUCGGAGAUAAGAGAGAGAAAAGCUGCCGGGAAGGAAAGCGGCAGCAGGAAGGAAAAGCCAGGAGUGUCUGACCCGGUGUCUAUUGAGUGCGGGCACAACUUCUGCCGGGCCUGCCUCAGCCGGUGCUGGGAGGAGUCGGAGCCCAACUUCUCCUGCCCCCAGUGCAGAGAGACCAUCCUGCAGAGACACCUGCGGCCCAGCUACCAGCUGGGGAACCUGGUGGAGCUGGUGAAACGCCUGCGGCUCCCGGCAGGGCCAGCGCCCGAGGGGCAGCCAGGGUGCGAGAGACACCAGGAGGCCCUGAAGCUCUUCUGCCAGGAGGAUCAAGUCCCCAUCUGCGUGAUCUGCAGAGAGUCCCGGGCGCACCAAGCGCACAAGGUGUUGCCCAUCGAGGAGGCUGGCCAGGAGUGCAAGGAGCAAAUCCUGAGCCGCCUGCAGCGUCUGCGGGAGGAGAGAGACGCGCUCCGGGGCCUGGAAUCCGACUGGGCCAAGGAGAGCGAGAGGCUCCUGAGGCAGACGGACGUGGAGGGGCAGCUGGUGGGCUGGGAGUGCAAGCGGCUGCGGCAGUUCCUGGUGGAGCGAGAGCGCCUCCUGCUGGCCCGGCUGGGGGAGCUGGACGAGGAGAUUGGGAGGAGGAGGGAGGAACACGCCGCUCGCCUGGGCGAGGAGAUUUCCCGGCUCAGCGCCCUGAUCUCGGAGCUGGAGGAGACGUGUCGGCAGCCGGCGCUGGAAUUGCUGCAGGUGAGAUGCACCCAGAAUCCAGCACAGGGACGCCCCUGAGUUGCUGGGGGGCUCACAGGGUAACUGAGCGCAGGGA